CCUCAAUGAGGCUUACCAAUGAGGGAUACUAACUUGAUUCCUUGGGUACCGCUCCUUUUCUCUCCAACUUCUUACCUUACUCGAGAUCAUCAGGAGGUCCCAAAGUGCAUCAAGUACAGACUGCAGAGCGUAGACGAUGCUGCCAAGAUCAAGUGGAUCCACUUCGCAAACCCAGCCUGUAGAUGGUAAUCCUGCUG